UCCCGGAGGCGGUGUUAGAACUCCAGAGACUGAGCGGUCCUAGGAGUGUGUCAGGACCCUAAGAAACAACUCUGAAUCUGUAACAUCCCGCUGGAUUGGACAUGCAUACUGCUCUCCUGCUCUGGUUUUAUCUGUUCCAGUGAGAACAUAUGCAGUAAUGUCAUCUCAAAAGAGAAAUAAGAACUCCAAAGCUCAGGACAGGACUUCACAGGGUAGGAAUAGUUUUCAAACUGAUCUCUCAGCCUGGACAGUAAAACAGGGACCAAGCAACUCAGACAGCAUCCUGAAACAUGGACAAGCCAAUCCAAUGGAAGAUUACGAACUUGCUAAUGAUCAAGCUGAAGAUGAUCUGCAAAUAGCAGUGGGAUACUUUGAGAAAGGUCCCAUUAAAACUUCACGGAAUAAAGAUGAAAUCUUUGAAAAACACUUAAAAACUGUGGAAAAUGUAGCUUGGAAGAAUGGAUUAGCUCCAGAAGAAAUUGACAUCCUAUUAAAUGUAGCACUCAGUGGCAAAUUUGGGAAUGCUGUAAGUGCACGGAUAUUGAAGUGCAUGAUUCCAACAACUCUAAUAUCAGAAGAUUCUGUGGUUAAGGCAGUCUCCUGGCUUUGUGUUGGCAAGUGUUCUGGUAGCACCAAGGUACUUUUUUAUCGUUGGCUGGUUGCAAUGUUUGACUUCAUUGAUCAUAAGGAGCAAAUUAACUUGCUCUAUGGCUUCUUUUUUGCUUCAUUACAAGAUGAUACACUGUGCCCUUAUGUGUGCCAUUUGCUAUAUUUACUUACCAAAAAAGAGAAUGUCAAACCAUUUCGUGUGAGAAAACUGCUUGAUAUUCAAGCCAGAGUGGGAAUGCAGCCUCAUCUCCAGGCAUUGUUGUUCUUGUAUAAGUUCUUUGUUCCUACUUUAAUUUCUGUGUCUUUGCCUCUUAGGAAGAAGAUCUAUUUUAAGAAUUCAGAGAAUCUGUGGAAGACGGCUCUGUUUGCUGUGAGACAGAGAAACAAGGGACCUUCUCCAGAACCUCUAAAGCUGAUGUUAGGUCCAGCUAAUGUCCGUUCUCUAAAAAGAAAGUGGAAUUCUCAUUCAAUUAUACCAAUGCUAAAUUCCAGUAGCUACACUAAAGAAUGUGGAAAAAAAGAGUUGAGUCUUUCUGAUUAUCUCAGUAGUAAUGGUUCAUUUCCAAUAGAACAACUUCAAAGCUUCACUCAACUUUUACAGAACAUCCAUUGUUUAGAGCUGCCUUCUCAGAUGGGCUCAGUGUUGAACAGCUCUUUGCUACUCCACUAUAUUAACCUUGUCAAAGAUGAGUCAGUCUUACUGAGACUCUACCACUGGCUGAGUCAAACUUUACAAGAAGAAUGUAUUUGGUACAAGGUGAACAAUUAUGAACAUGGAAGAGAAUUUAUCAACUUCUUGGACACUAUCAUCAGGGUACAGUGCUUCUUUCAAGAGGGGUUUUAUUCUUGCGAAGCGUUCCUGUAUAAGAGCCUUCCUCUCUGGGAUGGCUUCAGUUGUCGGUCCCAGUUUCUUCAACUUUUGAGCUGGAUUCCUUUUAGUAACUUCUCUGAGGUGAAACCACUUCUUUUUGACCAUCUAGCACAGCUCUACUUUACAUCAACUAUUUAUUUCAAGUGUAGUGUUCUUCAGAGUCUAAAAGAGCUCCUGCAGAACUGGGUGUUGUGGCUUUCUAUGGACUUCCAUAUCAAACCUGUGAUGACCAGUCCUCUAGAAACAACUUUGGGUGGAUCCAUGGACUCUGUGUCGAAACUGAUUCAUUAUGUAGGGUGGCUGUCCACUACUGCAAUGCGCUUGGAGAACAACAGCACUUUCUUGCUGCACUUUAUUUUGGAUUUUUAUGAGACGGUAUGUGACAUAUACAUAAAUUAUAACCUUCCAUUAGUGGUGUUGUUUCCUCCUGGGAUCUUCUAUCCUGCACUCCUCAGCCUGGAUUCCAGUAUUCUGAACCAGCUCUGUUACAUUAUGUACAGGUAUCGUAAAAAUUUGUCUGCUGCAAAGAAAAAUGAAUUGGUACACAAGGCAAAAUCAGAGUUUAAUUUUAGCAGCAAGACUUACCAAGAAUUUAAUUACUAUUUAACAGCCAUGUUUGGUUGCCUGUGGACCUCGAGACCCUUUGAGAAAGGAAUGCAUCUUGAUCCCAAAACCCUGGAAAAAGCUGGAGUAACAGAGUAUAAGAACAGUUUAAAUUUAGUCUAUCACCCUUCUCUAUUGAGUUAUGCUGUUUCCUUUUUGCUACAGGAGAGCCCAGAAGAAAGGACAAUAAACAUGAGCUCUAUUCGGGGAAAGAAAUGGAACUGGUAUUUGGACUACUUAUUUUCAGAGGGGUUACAAGGCUUAAAACUUUUCAUAAGAAGUAGUAUUCAUCGUUCUGUACCCCGAUCAGAGAGCAUUAACUACAACAAUCAACAUUAAAUGGGUGCUGUCAUAAAGUGAGCAUUCCAGGCUAAAUUCCUUCUUUGUUGCUAGAGAAGCCAAGUGGCUCAAUUUCAGUGUCCAUAUUCAUUUCACUAACAGACCGUCAUCCUCAAGGAGUACUCAGGCUGGCCUUCUGUCUGUGCCUCAGGAGAGUCUUGGUGUAACUAACUUACUUUUUAGGAUUUAGAUUCUACAGCCUGCUGCUGAGAAAUGACCUCUUCAUCAGACUUUGCAUUCCACCAAUUAUGCAUAAAGAGACACACCUAAAAAAUAAAGAAGACACACCUGUUUGUGGUAGGAUUUUUUUUCCCACAUUUUUGUGCACUGCUUUGAGGGAAGUGAACAAGUAAUAUACAAUGGCAGUUAACCCAAAGAUAUAUAUUUACAAAAUGCUCUGCUGCUUCUGUGAAACCUUUGAGGAUGUUGCCAUUUUUUCUUACUGUGAACACCACCACCAGCACCCAGUUAACUCGAUAUAAAAUUUAUGACUCUGUGAGUCCUAAGUAGUUGGUAACUUCUUGGACCUUCGCUAGUAGCAAUUUGAUGAGGGAAGGAAGAGGGAGAGGAUUGUGGCAUAAUCAAGAGAGUCCUGUUUAUACCAGUUUGGUUUUAUGAAAUUUGCUCUAUUUCCAUUGUUUUUAUUUAUGUGUGUCCAGUUUUUACUCAUUCAGGCCUAAAUAAACCAACUAUGACUUUUAGAGGUAAUUUUGAAGAUUAAAAUUUUUUUUAUAGUAGCGAGAAUAUCUUGCUGAAAAUUUGCCAUAAAAUUUUGCUUGAGUGCUACUGAAUAACUCUCUCUCUUUUAAUAAAAACCCAUGUCAUUUGAGAGAAAUCAAGCUGAAUUUAUCAUGUCUUUAAAGGCACAUUCUUGUGGGGUAUUUUUCCUCAUCAAAGCAAAACCCUAAUAUUAUUGAAUAGUGUUCAGACUAGAAAUUUCAUUCAUCCAUGUUAAUUCAAUAAAUAUUUAUUGAGUUUCUUAAUAAUAUGCCAAGUAUUCUAUGUGCUGGUUAUAUACCUGUGACCAAACCAUAGUACCUGCUUUUAUGGAAUUUACAUUCCAGGAGAGAACAAAAUAAAAUAUAAGCAAAUAUGUGAUAUCAAGUGCCACAUAGAAAAAGCAGAACAGGGACAGGAAUAGGGACAGAGAGUUACUUUCAUCAGUAAGAUGGUUAUUAGGGAAGGCCUGUUUGAGGAGGUGACAUAUACAGUGGCCCUAAUAAAAUAAGUAUAUGAGCCAUGUGAAUAUUUGGGUAAAGAGGAUUCUGAGCUGAAAUAAAGGCAAGGGAAAUGACCUUCAAAUGUUUACUUGGCAUGUUUGAAGAAUAACAGAGGCCAAUGAGGUUACAACAUAGUAAUUAAGGGAGAAUAAUGGUAACAAAUGAAAUAGGGAAGAAAGUCAGAGACUUGUUCAUGAAGUCCUAUAUAGCCUUGGCACAGGUAUGUAAAAGGGAAGCCAUUAGAUUGACUUACCUGUAUGAGAUAUGGAACUACAGUGGGAAGGUUAGGUUUAAGAGGAUGAAGUAAGAAAGCAGAGAGACCAGUCAGGUUAUUACAGUGUUCCAGGCAAGAAUCCUGGACUAGUGUGAUAGAUGGUGGGGAGCUGGUUAGCUAUUAAAUUCAGGUUCUAUUUUGAAGAUAGAGAAAACAGAAUCUGCUUAUAGCUUGAAUAUGAGAAGGAAGAAAUAGUAGAGUAAAGGAUAACUCCUAGGUUUUUUUGUUUUUACCUGAAUAAUAAGGUGAGUUCUGUUGGGUUGUCAGAAAAAUCAUGAUGCAUUUUUGCAUAGGAAAAUACGUUAUGACUUUUCCAAUGACCUAUUAAGAUGCAGAGAUGAAGGAUACUGGAGGAGUGUGGAAUAAAGUUCUCUUUUGGCCAUGUUAGGUUGGAGAUGCUGAGUAGGCCAUUGGAUAUUCUGGACUUUAGGGUAUAAUUUGAGAUAGAAAAUUAAAUUGGGGAGUCAUUAGGGAGUAACAAAGACAUUGGAUGAGAUUACUAGUGGAGCUAGAGACGAAAAGACAAAAUGUACCUUGUCCUGGAGUUUUCCAAUGUUAUUAAGUAGAGGAAAAGAGGAAGACCUGACAGUGAGCUAGAAUAAAAAUCAGCCUGGAUGCCAAAGGAAGAAGGUAUUUCAAAAAGGAGAAGUGAAUAUUUAAUAGUGUAGAAUUUAGCCUAUGUAUCUGGAAAAAUGAAGUGUUGGUUGCUCUGAGAUAAUUGUGAUAGCUUCCCCCAUAGGUAACCAGUCUUAAUUAAAGUGUUGUCUUUUGUUUUCAAGUUUGUACUCCAAAUAACUUUCCAUUUGCUUUCUUAGAACAUAUUUUGGUCCUUGAGAUCAUGUGGAACUUUGAACUGUGAGAUUUGAUGGGUUUUGAUGAGAUUUAAUGUCUAACAGUCUUUAUAAGAAUCUCUUCUAAAAUCGGUAUUCUGGGAGAAAAAAAAAAUCCUUUAGGUUUGUUUUUGUUAAAUAAUGAUUUUUCAGGCACCUUUUUUGGUGGCCCAUAUUUCUCUACUCUUGAUCAACUUUUUGAAAAAAUUUGAUACAGGGCAUGUGCACUUGUUGGGGAGAGAGAGAGAGAGACA